CGCCUUCCCCACCUUCUCACCCACCCCCUCUCUGCCUCGCUCCCUGCCUCGCUCCCUGCCUCGCUCCCUGCUUCGCUCCCUGCCUCGCUCCCUGCCUCGCUCCCUGCCUCGCUCCCUGCCUCCCUCCCUCCCUCCUCCCUCCCGCCCUCCCUCCUUCCCUCCUCCCUCCCUCCCUCCCUCCCUCCUCCCUCCGUCCCUCCCUCCCGCCCUCCCUCCCUACACUGCCCACAGUUGCUGUCUGGUUAUCCCUGCCCACCCAUUCUGCCAUUGUCCCAUACCAUUUCUUCUCACCACUGUCAUCCCUCCACCAUCAUCCCUCCACCAUCGUCCCACCACCAUCAUCCCUCCACCAUCAUCCCUCCACCAUCACCCCUCCGCCAUCAUCCCUCCACCAUCAUCCCUCCACCAUCAUCCCUCCACCAUCGUCCCUCCACCAUCGCCCCACCACCAUCAUCCCUCCACCAUCAUCCCUCCACCAUUAUCCCUCCACCAUCACCCCACCACCAUCACCCCACCACCAUCACCCCACCACCAUCACCCCUCCACCAUCACCCCUCCACCAUCACCCCUCCACCAUCACCCCUCCACCAUCACCCCUCCACCAUCACCCCUCCACCAUCACCCCUCCACCAUCACCCCUCCACCAUCACCCCACCACCAUCACCCCUCCACCAUCACCCCUCCACCAUCACCCCUCCACCAUCACCCCUCCACCAUCACCCCUCCACCAUCACCCCUCCACCAUCACCCCUCCACCAUCACCCCUCCACCAUCACCCCUCCACCAUCACCCCUCCACCAUCACCCCUCCACCAUCACCCCACCACCAUCACCCCUCCACCAUCACCCCUCCACCAUCACCCCUCCACCAUCACCCCUCCACCAUCACCCCUCCACCAUCACCCCUCCACCAUCACCCCUCCACCAUCACCCCUCCACCAUCACCCCUCCACCAUCACCCCUCCACCAUCACCCCUCCACCAUCACCCCUCCACCAUCACCCCUCCACCAUCACCCCUCCACCAUCAUCACCUUCCCCCCUGCAAUCCGUCAUCCUUUCCCACGCAUACUACCUGCCUUCCGCCCACCAAUCAUCCGUCUUCCCCCAAGUAUCACCUGCCUACACCCCUACAUACCACACGCAUUUCCAUCCACAUACCACCCUGCUUGCGCCCCCGACACCGCUAA